AUGUCAAACAAUCUUCUUAAUGCUGCACUUAAUGCUUUAAUGACUAGCCAAAAUGUUGUUUCGGAAAGCGAAUUUAAAACAAAACAAACCCGAGGUGAUCCUGGUCUUUAUCAACGGGUUGACUUGGCUUCAUUUCAUCAAGUAAAUCUUAUCGGUGGUAAUGUGGGCACUCACUCAGACCAGAAGUUAGAACCCAAACAUCAAGACAUGACGAUUAAUGUGAAAACUCUUACUGGUAGACACAUUCCAGUACCUAUCAGUAGUCUUUCGACCAUUCUAGAAUUGAAAAAUAAAAUUGAAGAUAAAGAAGGUAUUCCACAAGACCAACAACGUUUUAUUUUCGAUGGUAUGCAAUUGGGUGAAUUUAAAACGCUCUCUGACUAUGGUAUCAAAAAUGAAGAUACGGUGCACCUUGUUUUACGUCUUCGUGACGGAGAUCGCAAUGUAAUUAGUUGCUUGAGUUCUGAUUUUUUGGAACCAAGUUAUAAUUAUGAUUUUACAAAUGUUAAUGAUGGAGCAACUGUACAUAUACGUGGUGGUGUUCCUUAUCAACGUCCAUGUGGAUGGCAACGCCAUGCUUUAAAGGUUUCUGGGAAGUAUGAUAAUGGUAAUGACCAAUGGCUUGGUACUGGAGCGAAUGCCUGGCCGGUAUCAUAUCAUGGCACGGCCAAGCAUAAUGCGCAAUCAAUUGCUGAUGCUGGAUCCUUAUUGAGCAAAGAUAAACGUUUUGAUUUUUGUUACGGUAUUUAUACCACACCAAGUGUGAAUGUAGCUGAAUUGUAUGCACCGGAAUUUGAGUUUGGGGGGAAUAAAUAUAUCAUCAUAAUUCAGCAUCGAGUAAAUCCAAAGAACUUGGAAAAGAUUAAAAGUACAACCGGUGCUAAUGAUUGUUGGAUUUCAAAGAGUGGCGAAGAUGUCAGGCCAUAUGGGAUUUUUAACAGCUUGGGAUCAACUUUAACGAUAGAUAAACCAGAUGCUGCUAGAAAAGCAAUUACAACACGUAAUACACUAUUGUUAUUUCAAGAAUCAAUAACUGCGAUAGAAACUUGUUAUAAGCCUGUUAUUGCAGCAAUUCAUAAUGCAUGUAUUGGAAUAGGUGUUACUUUGAUCACAGCUUGUGAUAUUAGAUAUUGUUCACAAGAUGCAUUUUUCAAUGAGGUUGAUUUAGGUUUGGCAGCAGAUAUUGGAACAUUACAACGUCUUCCAAAAGUUAUUGCAAAUGAUAGUCUAGUCAGAGAAUUAUGUUAUACUUGUCGCAAUAUGUUUGCAGAUGAAGCACUUUCAGCUGGUUUAGUGAAUAAAGAAGCGAUGAACGUUGCAAAAACCAUUGCGUCAAAAUCACCAGUUGCGGUAAUGAGUACAAAACAUCUUUUAAACUAUUCACGUGAUCAUUCUGUUGCUGAAGGUCUUGAAUACACCUCGGUAUGGAAUGGUUCAAUGCUUGAUACUAAAGAUGUGACUGACUCUAUUAAUGGUUUUAUGACAAAAACCAAACCAAUCUAUUCAAAACUUUGA